GUAUUUUCAAAAUUUGCCGGUUCAAUGGGAAAAAGCCGAUCCUGGCAGUCAACUGCAACGGUAGUCAAACGAGACACUCCAAUAUUCCUCACAACGCCGCAUUUGAUUAACGUAGUCCACAGAGAGGUGGGCAGCCGGCCCGGGGUUCACGCGAGUGUGUGCAAGGAGUGCCGAGACUGCCGAGUGGAAAUCGAUCGUUCGCGUCGUCGUGGUGGUGUAUAGCGUCGUUCCUUUCCCUUCGUCGUCUCGUCUCUCGCCGUCGACUCGUCUCGCGGUUUCCUCUGUUCUACGAGCUACGCAGGGACGCAAUCCUGUUCAGAUCUCUCAAAAUGGUAAAGAUGGAGCACGAUGACGGCAAAAAUGAGCCGGAACAUGUUAGAAAGCUGUUCAUCGGCGGCUUGGACUACAGAACAACAGAUGAUUCGCUUAAGAAGCACUUCGAGCAAUGGGGCGAGAUCGUGGAUGUGGUGGUGAUGAAAGAUCCCAAAACCAAGCGUUCAAGAGGCUUUGGCUUCAUCACCUAUUCUCGCGCUCAUAUGGUGGAUGAUGCUCAGAACGCUAGACCUCACAGAGUGGACGGCAGAGUGGUAGAGCCUAAGAGAGCGGUUCCGAGACAAGAAAUUGGCCGACCGGAGGCUGGAGCAACCGUGAAGAAACUCUUCGUAGGCGGCUUGAAGGAUGACCACGAGGAAGAGGACCUGAGGCAGUAUUUCCAGAGUUACGGUAGCAUAAACUCAAUUAGCAUAGUGACCGAUAAAGAGACCGGCAAGAAACGUGGCUUCGGCUUUGUCGAAUUCGACGACUACGAUCCUGUCGACAAGAUCUGCCUGCAGCGUAAUCAUCAGAUUCGCGGCAAGCAUGUUGACGUCAAAAAGGCUUUAAGCAGAGCAGAAAUGGCGUCUGCCUCUGGAGGCGGCGGCGGUGGUGGCGGCGGUAGCCGCGGUGGCCAAGGUGUAGGCAGAGGACCCCGUGGUGGUAACCAGGGUGGCGGUAGCUGGGGCGGACGCGGCAGUGGCGGUGGUGGUGGUGACUGGAACAAUGGCGGCAAUCAGGGUGGAUACGGUGGAAAUAAUCAAGGAGGUUGGGGCGGUAAUGGACCUUGGGAGAAUCAAAAUCAAGGGGGAGGAUGGAACCAGGGCGGACAGGGUGGUUACAACAGCGGCGGUAAUUGGAGUAACGACAACUUCGGCGGUGGUUAUCAACAGGGUUACGGUGGUGGCCCAGUGCGUAACAACUUCAAUUCGGGUGGCAGACCAGCGCCAUACGGUAUUAAUUCGGGUCCUAGCGGACGUCAGUCAGGUGACUCCAGAUGGCUACCGCCCUUCAGCGGACAAGGAGGUCCCAUGGGCGGCGGAAAUUCCGGCGGCGGCGGUGGAUACGGUAAUCAAGGUGGUUACGGCGGUAAUUCUCUCGGGGGUGGAAACAUGGGUAGUGGCGGUGGUGGUGGUGGAGGCGGCAGCGGACGGAGAUAUUAAGAAAGCAUUGAUCAUAUCGCUGACCCUUCUCGCUGGUGAAGCUACUCCUACUACUACUACUUGUCUUCUAGUCGCCAGUACUUCUGUACUGUUUAGUAUCGGAGCAGGCAGGCAGGCUAUCA